UAGAAUUUGGAGAAUCAUCUCUUGGAAUGAAGGCAAGUCCAUGGUAUUUUGAAAUUCGAUUCAAUCAAGUAUCAGGGCGAUCGCAAGCAACGCGCCUAGAAGUUUCAUUUCUAGAUCAAAGCUGACAAGCCCUCCACCCGCUCUCCACCAAUCUCUUCUAAGCUCGUGAGACUUAGAGAUGCCUUCAGUAUAUAUCAACACUGGCCGGAAAGCUUUGACCGAUCUACCACCACGCGACCCUAAGGUCAGAAGCUUCCAUGAAUCCCUUCCACAUUACCGACCAACCCCACUCGCCGCUCUCCCAGAGAUAGCACAACAGCUAGGCAUCCAACACCUCCUGGUCAAGGACGAAAGCUCACGGCUGGGAUUAACAGCAUUUAAGAUUCUUGGAGCGAGCUGGGCUACCGCAAAAGCGGUGGCCAAACGUGUUGGUUUGAAGUCAACGGGCGUAGGAAGCCGAGAAGACCUUGAGAACGAACUAUCGUUGAAGAAUCUGGCUUCUGUAGCCCAGGCUGCGGAACUUGUCCUCUACGCUGCCACGGAUGGGAAUCAUGGCCGCGCUGUUGGACGCAUGGCGAAGUACCUUGGCAUCAAAGCAAGGAUAUUCGUCCCUACCAUGGUUGAUGAGGAGGCCAAGUCAAAGAUUACCAGUGAAGGAGCAACGGUUGAGGUCAUUAAUGGAGACUAUGACCAGACCGUGCUUGACACAAAGUUGGCUGCUGAGGAGCACGAGGGUGGAAAGGGGCUUCUGAUCAGUGAUACGGCGCUUGAAGUUGAUGAUGAGAUCCCUCAAUGGAUCGUGGAGGGGUACCAGACCAUGUUUGACGAGAUCGAGGAGCAGAUUCUAGAGGCUACUGGCCAGCAGACAAUCACUCACGUUGUGGCCCCAGUAGGGGCGGGCUCUCUAUCGUCGGCAGUCGUGACGCAUUUCGAGAGGACAUCGCGUUCAACUAAGCCAACCAUUGUAACGGUUGAGCCGGAAUCCGCUGCGUGCUUGAAGGCGAGUCUCGAAAUUGGGAAGAUGGCAAGUGUUCAUGCGACUUUCACAAUAUGCACGGGAAUGUGCUGCGGCACGCUAUCCGCGAGUGUGUGGCCAAUUUUGAAAGACGGGGUAUCGGUUGCUAUGACUGUCCAUGAUGGAGAAGUAGAUGAGGCCAUCCACUUGCUUCAGAAAUAUGGCAUUUACGCCGGACCGUGCGGUGCUGCUAGUCUUGCGGCUAUACGAAAGCUAGCCAGAGUAGAGGGCAUCCAACUGUCACCUAAUUCUGUUAUCGUGAUUUUUUGCACUGAAGGAGAGAGAGGUUACCAAAUGCAAAUUUGAAUCUUUGCUAGCCCUACAACAGAGACAUCAUCCCUCUUGGGGCUUCACCCAUCAGUCAUUUGAUAGGUACGUCUGAAGGGAGAAAGAAUGUCUCACGACGUCAAGCAGGACUUCUAGUAGUAACAUGAUGACAAGAUAGAAGGCAUGUUUGGAUAGCUUCAUUCAGGAAGACGCACCACACUACCGGCUGGAUUCAAAGGCAGAAUUGCAUGGAGGCCCUAGCUUAACACAUCCAGCAGUUAGUGAACCAACCCAUUGCUGAAGGUUUGAUCAAUCUUGGGAUUUUCAUGUACAAGCAAGAAUAUAGCUUCAUGAUGUACGGUACUGUAGAUCCCGUGUCUAGUGGGUAUCUGGCGACGACCUCUGGUUCAUUUUAAUGCUGGGGGAACAUCCACUAUUGUGUCACAUGAACUUGGUGGUGACACUGCAGCCGGAUCCCAAAGUGCAGACUUCGAUAAGAAUCAAGCCUUCCGCAAC